AUGACAGUGUUGACGACAAUGAACGCGAGUGGGACAUCGAAGGGAAAGAGGAGCUCUUUCUCGGCCACUGCUGAACAAGUCUACACAUGUUGUUGUGGACUGCAUGUCAAGCAAGGUGUUCAAGUGAUUGCUGCAUUUUUCAUCCUCUGCGUCAUUCUGUUCCCAAUGCAAUUUUUUGACUCAAAGUUGCGGCAUCGACUCGGCUUUGACCCGUCAAUCGCCGCCAAAUUCAUCCUCGAUUUUGGUCUUCUCUUUUCGGAGGCUUUCUGUGCGGCGCUCGUUUUCGUUGCCAUUCGAUGUGAGGCGAAAAAGCUCUUAUUGCCUUUUAUGUAUUCACAGUACUUUGCCAUGGCUUUUUCACUAGCAAUGGCAGUGAUCUUCAUCUUUGAUGUCGAUGCCUGGUUGGGCGAGUUUCGGACACAAAUCGAUAACUACGGGUAUCACAAAACGCGAUUGUUUGUAUGCAUCGGUGCGGCGAUUGGCUGUCUCAUUCACAUUUUGAUUCGUUUCUGGAUUGCUGGCAUUGUGAAGAAAUGCUACCAAUAUCUGGCCGACAUGGAAAAAGCGAGCAAAGUCGAGAAAUUGCCACGAUUC